AUGGAAAGGUUUGAAAUAUUCAUGACAUUUGGGAAGGAGAAGUUCAGGAUUGAGCAAGUAAUUUUCAUUCUCACUCGACAGAGAGCGCUAUCAGGAGAGGUAGCCAGCAGUAAACUUUGGCAGUCCCAGGACUAUGGAUCCACAUACAAGAAAGUUUCUCUCGGCCACCCAGGAAAAGAGGCUCUCAUUACCUUCUUCUAUGUCUCCCCCGCCAACUCCAGCCGACUGAUCUUUGCCGACACAGCAAAUAAGACGUUGUAUAUCACAUAUAAUGAGCUGAGGAAUGUGAAGACAGUGAGCACCCCCUUCGUCCCUGACAGACUGAUGCCCCACCCCACCGUGGCUGACUAUGUUCUGGGAUACACGCUUGCACAGAGGAAGCUGUAUGUGUCAAUGGACUUUGGUGAAACCUGGCAAGACAUGAAGCAGGAGGGUGUCACUCCACGAGUGUUUUGGGCUGAUGCCAAGCAUGACAAGAAUGAGGUGUUUGUGCAUAUGGAAGUUCAGACCCCCAGUGGUUUAGCUCGUUACAAGAAAUGCAGCAUUGUCAGCAAGUGUGAUGCUGUGAAGUUUGAGAGCAGCGUUGGAAGCUUUGAUGCAUUCAGUAUGCUGGUCAUCAACGAGUACAUCUUUGUACAGAAAAACGAUAUUGAUGAGAGCGUCAUGCAUGUUUCCUACAAGGGUGGAGACUUCAAGAGAGCCUACUUUCCCCCUGAGGCCAACUCUAAGGACUUCCUAAUCGUGAAUGCAGACGAGGGACAGGUAUUCAUUGCUGUUAAUCACCUGACCAACGCAAACCUCUACCUGUCUGAUGCCACUGGACAGUACUAUGUAUUGACCAUCGCUAACUGUGUAUUCAAACCUCAAGCAAGCUGGUUCAGCGUUGACAUAUACGAGGUGAAAGGCAUAUCCGGGACUUACAUCGUCAACCAGGUGGCUGAGGAUGGCAGUUUCCAUACCAAAAUCUCUUUUGACAAGGGAGGUAACUGGAAUGACAUUCCAACUCCCAAAUCAGCAAAGACAAAAUGUAAUACCAGCGACUGCUCAAUCCACUUGAUGGUCCACAGUCUCUUUGUGAUCAGCAUCCUGGCAGAGGCCAAGGCACCAGGCAUCCUGAUGGCUCACGGCAACAUUGGCACCAGGCUCCAGGAUGGACCAAAAUCCGUCUUUGUCAGUCGUGAUGGGGGCUGGACCUGGAUGCUGACUACACUGGAUGCAGGUCAGUACAAGUUCAACAUCCUUGACCAGGGCAGUGUACUGACUGCCAUAGAAGAUGCGUCCAUCAACCAGACAGACAACGUGCACUACUCUCUUGAUGAGGGCAAGACAUGGCAGACUGAGAAGUUCCUGUCGGGGAAGAAGAUCCGAGUUGAUGGGGUUCUUAAUGAGCCAGGCAUCACCUCUCUCAUUGCAAGUGUAUAUGGCCAUGAGAACAGAAGCAGUGUCUGGACAGUGGUCAAGCUCAACUUCUCAUCGGUGUUGACCCAAAAAUGUGUGAAGGAUAACUACACAACCUGGAGCCCGGCUGACCAGAUGGAUACUCAAAAGUGCACUUUGGGGCGCAAAAUUGUCUAUGAGCGCAGAAAGCAAGAUUCUCUGUGUUACAAUGGAGCUGAUUACAGAAGACCCACAAACACUACGAUUUGUCGAUGUGAAGAUGAGGACUUUGAAUGUGACUAUGGAUACACCCGAAGCAAAGGCAACUGCAUUAAGGCGGGAUGGUUUACCGAGGAAAGCAUCAUCAACGAGUGCGAGGAAGGAAAGAAGUUUGACCGCAGUAAAGGAUACCGCAAGAUUGCUUCGGAUGCAUGUACAGGUGGCAAGGCUGAUGAUGACAAGUACAAGUCUAAGACAGAUAUAUGUCCAACUAUUAAACCAGGGGAUCUGGAGAUUCAGACAGAUGAGGCCAUCGCAGCCACAAACACAGAUGUAGAGUUCAGGCUGAUACAACCGAAGGGGUCUAAGGUGUCGACGAAGUAUGCGUGGACGCUCAAUGAUGGAUCCCAACCGGUCAACAGGACAAGUCUCAAGAACAGCUCUGUGACACACAGGUUCUCUAAACAAGGAGUUAAAAACAUCACAGUCACAGCCACCAAUGUUAAGGGCAGUGUCACCGCAUCACUGGAGUUCAGAGUUGAAGAUAAGAUCAGCACCACAAAUGUUGAAGUUCCAACAGCAACAAAGGUGAAUCACUUGACUCACUUUGAAAUUGAUAUUUCUGGACCUCUGGUAACCAACAAGCAGACACAUAUCCACUUCCUGUGGACUUUUGGUGAUGAGGUUGGAGAUGCAAGGCCACUCUUGUCAUGGGACAAACGUGUCCAGCAUUCGUACAGCAGACGUGGAAACUACACUGUGACCGUGGAAGCCAUCAACUCAGUGGGCACUGUGUACAAGCGCUUCAACGUACAGGUGUUCGACAAGGCUACCAUCGUCCGUCUCAGUUUCUCACCAAAUGCAGAAAGGUUGCAGUUUGACAAAAAUGUCCACAGCAAGAUAUUGUUUGUACAGUUGCUCAGGCAUGUUCUGUCUAGGACAUGCGGUCAAGGUGCCAACCGACUGGUUGUCCAGAUCCACAGCACCAACCCAGUGCUUGCCGAUGUCCUCCUUGUCCCCUCUCAGGACCCAGGGGACAUGUCCACAGCUGAUUUUGUGUCAAGGAUACAGAUGGCUGCUAGCAGCAAGACCAUUAUCCUCCAGAUGGAUGGAAAAUCUGACAGGAGUAAAUUCAUCUAUGUCCUAGGAGCCCAGGUUGUCAAUGACAGCAGCCCAGCAGCGCCAGACAACAAGGGCCCCAAUAUGCGAGCUGUCUACAUUGCCGUGCCUGUAUUGCUGGGAGCAGCCCUCGUCACCAUCCUUGUCAUCGUGUACUACCGAAGAAAGUUCAGUGAAGUACGCCGCUACUCUAUCCUGAGACAUAGGUCGGACUCAGAUGCCUUGUUGGGAGCUGAUGAAGAUGAUGACCCACCACUGGAUUUGAACCCAGACUUUGGAAGCAAUGACCGUGCUGAUGAUGAACAGUUGGACCUCGGGACAGGCAGCCACCUGGUGAUGGUUACUGGCCGUGGAGAUGGGGGAGACAACUCUAUCAACUGCUGAAGAAGAGAUUAAUGGGCGAUGAUGAAGGACAUUCCAAAAUGAUCUGUGAUGAAGUAGUUGCAUAGAUGAAGAACGUCAGGAGGAUGAGAGGGCGAAUGUGUUGUGUGUGACUGAUAGUAAUUACUGGAUAACCAAACAUAGUCCGAAUUGUUAAAUUGCUUGUUAUUUUGAAUCCAGGAAGAAUGACAUCUGAUUGUUGCCAUGAUCACUUAGAAAAUGUUUCAAUUACUUGUUUACUGCUUAAUGUCACACCACUGUCUUGUUAAGAAAAGUGCAUAAGAUUAUUCCCAAGGCUUCUGAAACAAAUUGGUUGUUGUAUUAAGAAAUAUAAUUAAUGGUUGCUAUGGUUACAUUACAAAGAUGUGACAGUUGUAUCACUUGAUGAAUUGAAACAAUUGAAUUCUAAGAUAUAUUUUGGUCCUGAUAUGGUAGUUUGGAUGUUGAGAUUCUGUUGCUUUUUGAUACAGUGCUUGUAUACCCGAGGGUAAUCGUAAGGACUAACACUUAUCAGAUUUUAGAUGUUUCAGCUUUGUUGAAAUGUGAAUUACCUCCCUUAGAUGGCCAUGUUUGUAUUUCUUCAGUCAUGAUAAAGGUUGAAUGAAACAUUAAUUGUUUACAGUUUGUUUGUGCAGAUGAAUAUUUUCUGUACAAUUACAUUUACAUUUUCUAGAAACAGGUUGACCUGCAGAUUGGGAUAUUGUCCUUAAUGGCCACACACUACUUUGUUUGACACCCACAUUGAUUAGAAAGCGUAUUCCAAAAGUCAAAAGCAAUGUGAUAUCUCAAAUAAUGUGAAGAGGUCAAGUUAAGAUGUUGAAUCAUUUUAACUGAAUCUGGUCCAGAUUUUCUGCAAAUUUUGAAGUUUAAAUCUGUUUAAAGUUUAAAAUAAUUUACUGAACUUUUUAAAGCAUGGUUUUUAAAAAAUGUGUCUGAAUAUUUUGGGAAUUUGAAAUUUAAGUGAUAAAUAUGACAUAAAGUAAAGAAGAUGAUUUGUAACCUGAUGAUUUUGAUCUUCGCUAUUCUACAUUACUUCCAAUGUGAUAUUUGUUUGACCAUAGGUAAUUGGAUAUUCCAUUUCUUAAGAAGAGUAUCAGGAUAUUUUCUGCUUAAUAAUCUUGUCACAGUCAAUCACGUACCUCAAAAUUUUCUAUUGGGAUGAAGAAUACCAUAACAUAUGAACAUAUUUUCUUACAGUUGUACCUAUGUGUCACAAAUACUAUUGUCCAUCUGUCAUUAUUUCUUUGAAGUCAGUUUUGUGUGUAGUGUAGUCUUCGUCAGUACCUAUAUGAAUUCUGUACAACAUAACCAAAUAAUACAUACGGUUGUUUUGUUAUGUAACAGUGUGUCUGUGUCAAGUCACUUCAAUUACAUUUGUGACAUCAUUCUAUUGCUUUAGGAGUCCAUUAUUUAUAAGGAAUGUAUAAUUGCUGAAGCAAUGGAGUGUAGUUAUUUCUGAGCAUGUGUUAU